AUGGACAAUCGUGCUCCCCGCGACGACAACUUUUGGACGGUUCUGACGUACGAGGCGCUUGCAUUUGUCCGGCGAGGUACUGCGUACGGGCUUCCUGACGACCACCAACACUCCGCCGUGCACUGGCCUUCGGACAUUGCAGGAUAUCGCUUCUUGCGCGCGCCCAAACCUGUCGACGGCCGUGUGCUGGUCAACCAAGAUGCUCACUUAUUCGGCGUCGUCAACCGCAGCCACCGCUUGGCACCAUACCUGGUUCAUCUUCUUACUCCGCUAUAUGCGCCACUGGUAUCCGGAACGCCAUUCGAGCAUCUGCAAGCUGAUACGUGGCGCUGUCCACAGGAUGGGUGCGCGUACUAUGAGGACACGGACAACCUGUCCGCCGCAGCCGUACGCGCGAUCCGGGACGUACAGCCCACGCCGGCAAUCGCAUCUUCGUCCCUCAUAUAUGAAGGUAUUCGGGCGCGGGCUAACCCAAAGUUUCUGCGUCUGGUCGUCGACAUUGUUGGUCUGCGGCACUAUCAGGACAGCCACCUCCGCAGCGUCGGGCUCGCGUGCAGAAUAUAUGGACAGGACGUUCGUGGAGAUCUUGAUUUUCAGUGGGUAUACGAAGAUUAUAAAUCAGUGCUCACCUCCGUCACCGGAGAAGGUGCUGCGGCCCGCAUGUACGAAGAGCAAGAGCGAGUUCAGCUGCAGCGUCGUAUAUCCCUCUUAGCCCGCCGGUGGGCUCUCAGCACUCAAUCCGCCAUUCUGCGCGAGCGCCACCAAGAUGCGCUCGCACUGCAUAACUGCCUGAGCCAACGGGCGCGCGAUGUACACGAAGAGUCCCUCCAAGAUGGCCGCGACCUCUGGAAGGAGGCAUGCGCGAUAUAUUCUCUGCUCCAUGCUGGGAUUACAGAACGCGAGACCUUGAACGCGGUCGGAGACAAAGCUUUUGAGCGGGCUCGGGAGACGCUAGACUUCUGGGAGCGGGGGGCCGGACGCCGCAGAUUAUUGCCGAGGGCUAACGACCCCGAGAUGUAUCGUGUUGACCAGUAG